ACCGCUGCCGGACCCUUUGGCCAUUGUCCAUUUGACCUUCUACAUGACGGAGGGAGCCCGCAUAAUUUCACUUGGCCGUGACCAUUGCCACAACCGCGCCCUUGGCCUCGACGAAUUAGCCCGAUGAAGAAUUUAUCCUGAUCAGCACCGGCAGCUCACCACGCCGCUCGUGAUAUAUAUCCGUGACCAUGUCCCGAUUCGUAUCAGCUGGGACCGAUGCCGACGCACCUGACGAUGCCUGGGUGAAGGCGCAGCAACAGGUCGAGUCUACGAGGAAGCCCAAGACGGUGGAAGGAGGAACGCAGGAAGCGGGCAAGAGUCUUUAUGAGGUACUGCAGGCGAACAAGGCUGCUAAACAGGAGGCUUUUGAGGAGUCCAUCCGGCUCAAAAACCAAUUCCGUGCCCUUGACGAUGACGAAGUGGAGUUUCUCGACUCUGUGCUCGAAUCAAGUCGGGCAAAGGAGAACGCCGUCAAGCAAGAGACCGCCGAACAACUUGAGGCCUUCCGCAAACAACGCGCCGCCGCGGAACAGGCGGGAAUGGGGAGUAACGACGCCGGGAAAGCUGGCGAUGCUGCGGACAAAGAUUCAUGGGCUAUUAAAAAGAAGAAAAGACGUCGAGAAAAGGAGAGCGAGUCCGAGGCUGAUCCCAAGCUGAGAAAGUUGUCAACUGCUGAUACUGCUGCUCUUGCUGCCGGCGCUGCGGUUGACGACGAACAUAACGAGUCUGCAGAACGCGCUGCGCCGGAUAAAAAGCCUGGCAUUAGUGACCAGAUUGAACCUCCUACCACAGCUACGCCGCCCCAACCAGCGGCUGGACUUGGUCUGGUUGACUACAGCUCUGACGAAGAUGAGUAAGUCCGGCGGAGCAGCCAGUUGACCACGAUGUGGGCAGGACUCCCUUUUUCGACAGCUGUGUGAUCUGAACAAAUCCCUCCUGGUCGGCUCGACGCCCACCUGCGUCAGUCUGCGCAGAUUUCCAUGUUUCUCUCAGAGCUGGAAAGAUUGGACCAAAGAUUGGACCGAGAAUCUUGGCUUGUUUUGACUGGGAACGAAGGAAAUACUCGUAGUUGGUCGGCCUCUCCCGCCAAUUAUGCAGACUGUUUGGCCUCCAGCGCGUUUUUGGAUGUGUCGCGACAACAGCUUCCCACCAAACGCAAUGGUGAUCGCGCCCACCUAAAGUGGGAUGGUGGCAGCUCUCUGUCCGCCUGUGAAAUAUCGCCGAGUGGCUGCAGCGGCGAGAACGGGGCGUCCCUGUCCUGCCGAAGAACUGCGUUGGCUUUGCAGUUUGCCCUGCAUCGCGUCUGCCCAUUCAAACCAUCUGCGUACCAUCACUCAUCGACCUGCCGAGUUCGGGCUUCUUUGCUACACCGGUUGCGGCUCUACAGUGGUCAAUCAAGCUACAACU